AUGACUCGGCCCCGUCUAGCGCAGCUCGUGGUGGUCGUCGGUGAGCGGAAUGCGACGCGCCAGCUGGAUGCAGAGGCCCUGGCGCGUGCGCCGCCCACCAUGGUCCGUCGCACUUGGUUCCAGUCUUGCCUUAAAGCUCAGGCACGCUUGCCUUUUGCCGGCUUUGAGUAUGCUCCCUCGCGUCUACUGCCCACCGAAGCCGCAGCGCGCGAGUUGGCGCGGGCCGACCAGCAGGACAGCCUCGCCAAGGGCGCCACGGGAGCCGCUGCAAUUGCCAGGCGGGAGCUGGAGCGCGCUGUAGAGGGGUCUGGUCGACCCUUUGGCUAUUGGAGCAGCCGUCUGCCAGAGGAACCUCGCCCAAGGCUACCCUGGACCACUGUCUUUGACGCCUACGAGCGAAGCUUUCCACAGCGCUUGGCGGUGCGCCAGUACUUUUGCUACAACUGUGGCCAGCGUGAGCACAGUGCCCGCACCUGCCCACAGCCAUUGCGUGGCACACAUGGCAACACUUUCCAGCUACACACAUGUGCUUGGGUUAACACCAACCUACCACCAGGCACCUUUCGGGAGGUGCCAGCCCGCAUGCGCAGCAAAUUCCUCUGCGCCCGUGAUCACGACCUGAAUGCGGCUCCCAACCCCAACGUACACAUCUUGUCAGCUCUGGAAGACAUGAAAGAGCUCCUCUACGACCCCCGCAUUGAUAAGUUACGUGGCGUGCGAACCAAGAUUACGACGACUGAUGGCUUGGAGGACCUGCCUUUUAUCGGUGCCAAGACGAUUCGCAAGAUUGAGGAUAUUUUGGAAACAGGAACGCUGGAGCGCCUUGAGCAUGCCAAUACGGAGAAAAUCCAAGCCCAACGCCUCUUUGCUAAGGAACGCAUACCGCGCAGCGAAGUGGACGACAUGGUGACUCUGGUGACUAGCACCCUCCGAGAUAUCGAUGCUGACGCUGUGGUGCUGCCUUCGGGAUCUUACACUCGGGGACGACAGACGUGCGGGGAUGUCGACUUUCUUCUCACCCAUGGGGAUCCUCGCCGCGUGCCCCACCUGCUGGCGCCGUUGCUGCAUGCGCUCAAGGCAACCAACUUUUUGACCCAUGACCUGACAACAGUAGACGCCGCUUCGACGGGCACUACAGAUUACGGUGGGGAUGAUGACGAUGCCGAAGCACGAGACUACAUUGACAAAUAUAUGGGCGUGGCUCGCCUACGCGGAGGUCUCCAUCGACGUGUCGACUUUAUUGUCUUGCCGCCCCACGAGUGGGCCUGCGCGGCGCUGUAUUUUGCGGGCUCGGGCACCUUCAACCGUUCCAUGCGCCUUUUGGCGCGCAAGGCAAAUUGGAGCCUCAAUCAGCGCCAUCUCAUGGUGGCAGUCAAACGAGAUCGAGAGGACGCCAAUACCAAGACCUUUGCCGGGUUUGUGGUACCGUGUUUGGAUGAAUAUGAUAUCUUUGCGUGGUUGGGGAUUGAGUAUCAACCACCACAUUUGCGCAACGCGUGAUUUUAUGGCCGAGAGUUUUGUUUUGUGUCCCCGAGUUGAAAAGGUAUAUUGCUCC